UCUAAUAAUAAAAAAAAAAUACUUGGUGUAAAAGAUUGAACCCUGGCACACUGCUAUGCCCACAGAGAUCAAGCAGCAUUUGGGGACAUCAGUGUUGUCACCUUUACCUACCUGGCAGACACAAGCCUUCUAUUAGACACAGUUACAUCAAACUGCAUGUGUGAACUGGGAUGUUGUCAUGGACAGACCUCACCACCUAGAAGACCAGAACAGUCACCUUUGUAAAAUGCAAGGGCAGGAAUAUCAACAUGACAGCCAAAGGCACAUGACCACCUAUCCUUACCGGUGCACCCUGGCAGACUUUAAAAUUGAAAAGAAGAUAGGUCGGGGGCAGUUCAGUGAGGUGUACAGAGCAACUUGUCACUUGGACAGGAAGCCAGUGGCUCUGAAGAAGGUCCAGGUAUUUGAAAUGAUGGAUGCCAAGGCAAGACAAGAUUGUAUUAAGGAAAUUGAUCUUCUGAAGCAAUUGAAUCACCCAAACAUUAUUAAGUAUCUGGACUCAUUCAUUGAAGACAAUGAGUUGAAUAUUGUCCUGGAACUGGCAGAUGCAGGAGAUCUUUCUCAAAUGAUUAAAUAUUUUAAGAAACAGAAGCGAUUAAUACCAGAGAGGACUGUAUGGAAGUACUUUGUGCAGUCAUGCAGUGCCGUGGAACAUAUGCAUUCCCGCCGGAUCAUGCACAGAGAUAUAAAACCUGCAAACGUCUUUAUAACAGCAACCGGAGUUGUGAAAUUAGGAGACCUUGGACUUGGUCGGUUCUUCAGCUCCAAGACCACCGCGGCACAUUCCUUGGUGGGAACACCUUAUUACAUGUCCCCAGAGAGAAUACAUGAAAAUGGCUACAAUUUCAAGUCAGAUAUUUGGUCCUUGGGCUGCCUCUUGUAUGAAAUGGCAGCACUGCAGAGUCCUUUCUAUGGUGACAAAAUGAACUUGUAUUCUCUGUGUCAGAAGAUAGAACAGUGUGAAUAUCCUCCCCUACCAACAGAACACUACUCUGAAAAAUUACGAGAACUGGUCAGUAUGUGCAUUUACCCUGAUCCAGACCAAAGGCCGGAUAUUGGCUACGUCCAUCAAAUAGCAAAACAGAUGCAUGUGUGGACUUCUAGCACAUGAAGCCAAAAGGAGGAGCCUGUGGAGGAAUACCCAAUCUUUAAACCUUACUUGAAUACUACUUCUAAGAAGCAGAUGUCCCAGGAGUUUCAGGAAGAGCAGAGUCUUCUGAAUUCUGUGGCCUAGCUACACAAGGGCUUGUAGGCCAGGUUUCAGGUGUCACUUUCGGGAGAAAAAACAUUGAUAAUGCAUUGCAGACAUUACACAUUUCGGUUAUAGAUCGUAUGAAGGAAGUUGUGUGUGAUUUAGAUUAGAACAUGAUGACACAGGUGCAUUCAGAAAAGCACCAAUCAUAAUCCAAAUGUGAACAUUGAUAUAAUUCCUCUGGUUAUCUUCUAGUGAUUAUACAAACUACUUUUCUUCCUUGAUUAUGCAACUUUAAGAACCUCCUUUGGUUGUAGUACACUGACAGCAGCCAGGUUGUCUACCUUGCUACAAGCUUUUCCUAUUUGCAA